AUGGAGGAAAGCGACGCCCCUCAGCCAUCUAUUCGUUUAUCACAGGACUCCGAAAACAUAGCAAUUCCUGCCCCAGCGACACCGGUCUCGCCAUCUGCAGACGGCACCGAAUCUUUAAACCUUGAACUCGCACACUCUUUUUACGGGAAUCCGCGUGCAUCUGUUCAAGUAGCUGUCGACCCUGUAGCUCUUAUCACCAAUGAGUGCAUUACAGUUACUUCGGCCAUGCGCAAGAACGCGCGCUGGGCUCAAAGCUCUGUGGCUGCGAUACUAGGUGGCGGUGGUGUGGGUGAACCUGGGCUUAAUAGUCCGACUCUAUCAGUCCCUAGCGGUGCAUCCACUCCCCGAGGGGGUUCCUUACGGGCUCCAAGUGGGAGAAGAGCUGCUUCGACUGAUAGUCGACCAGAAACCUUGGAGAAAGGGCUUGAGAAAGAGGAUGAAAGCAGAAGUGCUACUCCCAUAGAUGCCACUUUAGCCGGCAGGUGGGGUUUGAGGGGAAAGCGUGGAAAGAGUAUCCAGGAUAAUCCAUUGAUCGCGGCUUUCUCAAAACUAAGAAGGGAUCUGCUUUCUUGCAGAGAUAUCCGAACUUUUGAUACACCUUCACUGCUACAUCCUUUCCUCCAAGUGGUUCGGUCGUCUUCUACAUCAGGACCAAUUACUUCUCUCGCUUUAAUAGCUAUCACAAAAUUUUUCUCAUACAACCUUAUAACACCCGCCUCCCUACGCCUACCGUUAGCAAUGCAACUCUUAUCCUCAGCGAUUACUCACUGCCGUUUUGAGGCUUCGGACUCUUCUCAGGACGAGGUUGUACUCCUUAGAAUAUUAAGGCUAAUGGAAGUCAUGAUGUAUGGACCUGGCUCCGGGGUCUUAGGCGACGAGAGCGUAUGCGAAAUGAUGGAAACGGCGUUGAGUAUAUGCUGUCAAAUGAGGCUUUCAGAAGUUUUGCGACGGUCUGCAGAGAUGAGCAUGGUCACAAUGUGCCAGGUCGUUUUCGAAAAGUUAAAGCAUUUGGAGGUCGCAGUAGAGAUCCCCGGUCAAAAACCUGAGGAAUCCACGGAGCCAAAUGAAAAUCUCAAGGUUGAACCUUCAGUUAAUGGCGAAACGGCAGCUGCAACACUGAAUAAUGUCCGACCCUCUGCAGAGCUAGAUCCAGAGGAUUCGACACAGGACGCAGAUAACCAGGUCAAACCAUAUUCGUUGCCUUCGAUACGGGAGCUUUUCAGAGUAUUGGUAUCAUUGCUAGAUCCGCACAAUAAACAGCACACAGAUACGCUCCGUGUGAUGGCUAUGAGGAUCCUCGAUGUCGCCUUCGAGGUUUCUGGAUCCGCAAUUACAAAACAUCCAAGCCUAGCGACCCUAGCUCAGGAUAAUUUAUGCCGAUAUCUCUUUCAAUUGGUCCGCUCAGAUACUAUGCCAAUCCUUCAAGAAUCUCUGAGAGUGACGGGCACACUUCUAGCAACCUCCCGCUCCGGCUUGAAACUCCAACAAGAGUUGUUUUUAGCCUACGUGGUAGCAUGCCUUCACCCAAAGAUUGAGAUCCCUCGAGAAGCCGGGAUCGACCCAAUCCUAUAUGAAGGUGUCCCACAAGCACCAAAAUUAUCAAAACCUUCUAACUCACCCGCGCCCCAGGCUGCAAAUGGAAGAAAUAGCCCGGCACCGCCGAGGGAACGACAAAGGUUAGGGUUAGAAGGUGGCACGCGACGACCAGAUGCAAGAGAGGCAAUGGUAGAGUGCAUUGGGGCACUUGCCAGGAUACCCAGCUUCAUGGUAGAACUCUACGUGAAUUACGACUGUGACAUCGACCGAACCGACCUUUGUGAGGAUGUCAUUGGAUUUUUGUCACGGAACGCGUUCCCAGAUUCAGCAACAUGGAGUACAACCAACGUACCCCCCCUUUGUUUGGAUGCUUUGCUUGGAUACGUGCAGUACAUCUCGGACCGAUUAGACAAUGUCGCUAUAUCAGAGGGCUAUCCAGACCCACAAAUCUUACGGCAACAGCGAGAUAAGAAACAACUAGUCAUCGCCGGGACCUCGAAAUUCAACGACUCCCCUAAGAAAGGUAUCGCAUUCCUCGUUCAGAACGGCAUAAUUAGCGAUGUGGAUGACCAUCUAUCGGUAGCCAAAUUCUUGAAAGGGACAUCAAGAGUAUCGAAGAAACAGCUUGGCGAAUAUCUUACGAAAAAAGACAAUGGCCCGGUACUCAAUGCUUUCCUGGAUCUGUUCGAUUAUAAGGGAAAGAGAUUGGACGAAGCAUUGAGAGAACUUCUUGGGUCAUUCAGAUUACCUGGAGAAUCACCACUCAUCGAGAGAUUGGUCACUAUUUUCUCAGAAAAGUAUCACGACCUGUCACAGACUGAAGACAUUGACAAUAAAGAUGCAGUAUUCGUAUUGACAUACGCAAUCAUUAUGUUGAAUACCGACCAACACAAUCCAACUGUCAAGACUCGCAUGGCCAUAACGGAUUUCACCAAAAACCUUAGAGGUGUCAACGGUGGCAAAGACUUCGCUCCGGAAUUUCUUGAAUCAAUUUUCGAAACCAUUAGAACCAAUGAGAUAAUCCUGCCAGAAGAACACGACAACCAGCAUGCAUUCGACUAUGCCUGGAAAGAACUCCUGAUGAAAACUCAUAGUGCCGGGGAUCUUAUCCUCUGCGAUACCAACAUUUUCGACGCGCCAAUGUUUGCAUCAACAUGGAAGCCCAUCGUCGCAACCCUUUCAUAUGUAUUCAUGUCUGCUACCGAUGAUGCUGUGUUCACGAGAGUGAUUACGGGCUUCGAUCAGAUCGCAAAGAUAGCAUCAAGAUACCAGCUAUACGACUGCUUGGACCGUGUGAUCAGAUGUCUAAGCUUGAUAAGCACACUUGCCACUGAAUCUCCGCCCAGCACCAAGCUAAACACUGAGGUUCAAGUUAACGAUAACAGUGUUAUGGUCAGCGAAAUGGCGGUUAGGUUUGGCCGCGAUUUCAAAGCUCAACUGGCCACUGUUGUUCUAUUCAGAAUCAUCACAGGCAAAGAAGUCACAAUCAGAGAAGGAUGGAAUCAGGUCGUUCGAAUAUGGUUAAACCUAUUUGUCAAUUCCUUAAUACCUCCGUUCUUUUUGCCUGAUGAAAACUCGCUGGAUCUUCCGCCAAUACCUUUAAGGAAUCCUUCACAUGUAAUUGAAAGAAGGAACGCUCCAAAUAGCUCAGGCUUGUUUUCAACGCUAUCGAGCUAUCUUUCAAGCUAUGCAGCGGAUGAUCCCCCGGAGCCGUCUGAUGAAGAACUUGAAAGCACACUUUGCACUGUUGAUUGUGUAAAUUCGUGCUAUUUAGGUGACAUCUUCGCCAAUGUAGUGAAUAUGGACGAAGCCUCUACAGCUGCCCUGAUGAAAGCUCUUCUAUCACAACUCCCAGAGGAAAGUUCGCCGGUCGUCAUUAUCAAGCACGAACUGCCUGUCAUGCCACAAAACGCACAACCUACACCAGAAAGAAAAGACCAAAUAUAUGAUCCGGCUGUCCUCUACGUAACAGAGCUGGCAACUUGCUUAGCCCUACGAACCCCCGAGUCAGUCCAAAAAUUCGGCCCAGACGUCGCGGUCUCCCUCCAAAAUAUCAUCCGCGGCGCAAAGCAGGCACACCCUCUUGUCGUUGCCCGGUGCAUAUACUACCUCCUCGCCGUGCUCAAAGCUGGGUAUGAAUAUGAAUUCGUCAGAGCGCCGGUUAUCUUACACUCCAUUGUCACACUGGAUAAACAAUUGCUUGAUAAAUGUUCGGAGCCAAUCGUCAAGGGUAUUCGUAGUUGCAUCGAUUCCACCACUCCGCUGAAGUCAGAAAUCAUAAGCUCCCCGGAUUUCUGGUCUUUGUUGCGACUACUGGCCACCAACCCCGAAAUUUCGGCCGAAGUUUUUGAUAUUCUUGAUUUGGUGGCGAUUCAAAAUCCUUUGAAUGUCACCGCAGACAACUAUGUUGCUGUCGUGACGGUAUUGAAUGACUUCGCGACUGCAGGCAGCAUCGGAGCUAAAUUCGAGCAAAUCCAAGACCGAAUGAAGAAAGGCAAGAUCACAAAGGUGACGGAAAGACCUGAUGCCGACGUUGUAACCCGCGGUACCAAAGCCGCACUAGGCAUUUACAACCUUACCACCCGUGUCCCGGCUCUCAUUGAAAAAUCCCACCUCGAACAAACCGAGGCUUGGUCCACUUAUUGGUCCCCCAUAUUUCAAGCACUCUCCACCCAAUGCAUCAACCCCUGUCGUGAAAUCCGCCACAACGCCUUCAGCAGUCUACAGCGUGCCCUGCUCUCCCCAGAACUGGCCAGCAAAGAUCAUAAAGAAUGGACAGGAAUCUUUGGCGAUGUCAUGUUCCCACUUAUUACGAUGCUACUCAAGCCCGAAGUUUAUCAAAGCGACCCUAGGGUGUUGUUGAGUGAGUGGGACGGUAUGCUGGGGUUGUGGUUGAGGAUCUUGGAUAUCAUGGAUCGAUUAAUGAAUAGUGGACAAAGCGAUCACUUAGAAGAAGCAGUCCCCGAAUCCCUCAAAAACGUCCUCCUCGUCAUGUCAGGUGGUGGAUUCCUCCUCCCACCGUCACAACAAGAAGCCGGAAACGAAAAGCAGAAGGAGUUAUGGAACCAAACCUGGAAGCGGCUUGAACGCUUCCUACCAGAUUUAUACAAGGAGCUAUACCCCGAGGGCGCAAAUAAGACGGAAAAUUAG